UAAUGGAUAAUUUAGCUUAACUUGAAGCUUUAAACAGUUCCUCAGUAUGUAGUUAAUCCGAUUAGAAUACAUCUAAUAAUACUAUUAAUACAGUAUUUGGAAAUGAAUUGGUUCGAUAAUAUGCAAGUCCAAAAGUAUAGCCUUAAAGUGGAAAAUCAUUCAAAAUUGGAGUAAAAUUUAUAAUCAUUAUUAUAAGAUAUGUGGUGGCCACUCUUCAGGAAAAGCCUUAUUAACAGAAAAGUUAAUGACCGAACUUUAAUCAUUAGGAUUUUUGGUUAGCGUGGUUAAAUAAGAUAACUUUGAUGUUGAUAGCGAUGAUUUCGAUCAUUAGUAUUUAUUUAUUAAUAAAUGUAGUAAGUAAAACUCUGAUACUUUAAAUAAUGUUCCUUAUGUUAACAAUUAGGAUUAUUAAAAAUUUUUGGUAUAAAUUAUGCUAAUGUUUAGUCAACUGCUAUAAACACACUUUUGACUACUAGAGACAAGAAUGUUAUCAUAAUUGAAGGAACUUUAAUUUUGUAUGAUAGACAACUAAGAGAUUUACUUGAUUUAAAGAUAUUCUUACAUCAUGAUCAAGAUGUGAGAUUAUCUAGAAAAAGUAUUUAAUUUUAUUAAGUUUCAGUUUAUAAGGAAGUAUGUGCUAAAGGCAAAGAUGUGGAAAAGGUUAUUCACAAUUAUUUGAAUAGAUUAAAACCACUUUAUGAAUCAAUAAUAAAGCCUACAGAAUAAUACGCUGAUAUUAUUAUUCCAAAAUUUGGAGGAGAAUUCUCCUUAAAAUCCCAAGAAUAUUUUGGUGCAACAUAAGUGCAAGCUGGCUUUGAUAAGGUUAAUCCAAAUAUAAUGAAUUUACUUGUAAAGAUUGCAAAGGCCAAUAUUUUAGGAGGUGAUAAAGUUGAAAAACUUGAAAAAGCUUAAACACCAACAAAAUGAU